AUGGACGGUUCCCAUGUCCUUGCUUUGGCUGUGGGUGGUGCAUCUCGCCCAGCCAGUCCCUCUGCCGCUUCUGCCCCAACACUCCCUCGGUUGAAUCCGAAGCAGAUUGCAGCAGCAACUGCUGCUCGCGCUGCGGCGCAGGAUAAGGAUCGAGAACGCAACGGGAGUGACGGUGACAGCGACCUUGACUUCUUUACGCCCCUGUCGUCUCCGCUGAGAGAACUGUCCACUCCCUCGAUGCCAGCUUCUGCCAUUGUGCAGAGUACUGCUGCCGCUCAAAUACAGCAGCAGCAACGUAGACAACAGCAACUCCAACAGCCCAAACAACAGUUGCUGGAGCAAGGAGACUUUUUGGAAAUGGCUGUCAUCAGUGGCCAUGGUGCUCCGGUUGUCUUAAGUAAUAGUAUCCACCGUAGGCAGCAACACAGCACAAGCAGCCUACCCACCGCAAAGGAGUGCGGCUUGCUGCUGGGGCGAUUCCCUCUGAGGAGGCGGUACAUGUCUGUCGAUUGUGGAGGCUCUCCUCUGCAGCAGGAUCUGCAGCACGAGCAGCAGUUGCAAUCGCCUACACCUGCUGUAACUGUGCUUGCUUCUGCUGGGAUGCAAAUUCCAGCAAAAUCCGCUAUCAGUGCAGCCAUCGCAAAGGAUAGAAUGCAACUGACCCACCGGAUUCAGAGGGCCCCCGUGCACAGCAGACGCUGCCAGGGUAGACCUCUCCUCAACCAGCAGCAAAGGCACCACUUUCAGUGGGUACAGCAACCCCGACAGCCGUUCCUGCAGCAGCAAGAAGGGCAGCAGCUGGGACAAAAGCACCGUGGAGUGCAGCGGGACGCUUCAGAUGACGACAUAAGGAUGCCGCUUGUACCGCCUCCUGCAUCGUCUUCUCCUCUCUUAACGAGUGCCCGUGUCGCACCCCCUACAGUGAGUUCGGCUUCAUUACAGUCGGAUAGGGGAGAUGCUCCAAGCGCAGAAGCGGCUAAUCUGCCUUGUGCUGCCGAUGCAAGGGAAGAAAGAACACUUCUUGGGCACUUUCCCUCUCCAAUCUUAGCUGCAGUAGCUGAGGGAGGAAGGCGGCAGGCACACUCACAUUCGAGCCCCUUGUCAACAGUCCGCCUUCUGCAGCAGCCACCUGAGGAGCAUGCAACAGAACAAGUCCCUUACCAAGCGCAAAACCAACAGCAGCAACAGCAGCAAGAGGACAGCGAAGGAUUGCUGCAAUGCAGUAAACGCCGUCGCUUUUCGAUUGAACGAAGCGAAGCAACGUGCCUCUUGCCUACUGGGCAGGUUGUUGCUGCACUUCCUGCCAAUACUUGUAUUCAUGCCACCAGCGACAACGACGAAGACGCGUUGCAGCGACAGCAAAGCCACGAUCACAUGGACUGUGUUUCACGAAUGGAAGAGCUAGAUUUCAGCAGCCACAGGAAGAGAAAAAGAGGGGGAGAAUGCAGCACCAGACUGCUUCUGAUGCUACAACCGAAUGCAGCAGCAGCAGACGCUGCCCUGCUUGACGUGUUGGGCACGGCACUUACAGCAGAGGAGACGCGCGAGUUGCGCAGGAAGCAGCAGAAGGAGGCAGAAGCGGCAGCAGCUGCUGCGGCGGCAGAAGCAGAAGCACGGGAAAUAACAGCUGCAGCUGCUGCAGAACAGGCAGCAGCCGCUCGAGCACGGGCAGCAGCAGAAGCUGAGGAGGCGGCAGCACGUGCCAAGGCCGAUGCAGAAGUCGCACAGGCUGCAGCGGCUGCCGCAGCUGCUACUUCAUCUAGGGUAACAACAGAGGGACCCAAGAAUACGCUGCUGCAGGCCGAACGUGCACCUGCACUUGCAGCUCAUAAUGCCCUGGGCGUUAGUACUCCACUUUUUGGAACAACGAUGCCUCAUGCGCCCCAGCAACAGCCGCAGAACUUGCUGCAGCAGAAGCAACAGCCACCGCGUCCACAGGAGCAGCAGAUACAACAACUGACGCAGCAACCACAAUUACAUCAAGAGCAACAACACGGACAACAACCGCAUGACGUAGCAGGCAAUAAUCCCGGUCUUGGGGACCCGGGUGCCGUACCCGGGCGCCCUAAGCUGCGCAUUAGGCGAGGGAAUGGGGCCUCUGGAGUCCCAUCGUCAUCGACGGCUGCAGGUCCCGGUGUUUCAGCAGCUCCGCAACAGACAGUAGGUUCCCAACAACAGCAGCAGCAGCAGCCUUUUAGCAUCCUCAAUUCCUCAUUGGGGCAACAGGUGUCUCUGCAACAGCAAAUGGACGUGCACGGGUCAGUUUUCCAGCCUUCGCCGGUCCAGCAGCAUCAGUAUUCUCAGCAACCGCAAUUGCAGCAGCCCGUGCAGCAACAACAGCCAGCAGCUGACGACUUGGGUCUUCGAUUAGCAGGAUUCGGCCCCACGAAGGUCCCCGAUGUCACGGAUGCAGCAAUCCCUUUGCCUUUAUCGCUGGGCGAGGCCGAGGCCGAGGAGGCCGGAGGGGCGGCAUGA